UAUGCAAACCAGGGUGCGGACUGUAGUUCGCUAUCUGACCUUUGGCUUUGCUAGUCAGGCAUCGGCAGACGAUACAGCACCAAAAUGCUAAACGUGCGCAGCGUUCUGGUGACAGGAUCCAACCGAGGCAUUGGCUUGGAGCUGGUGCGGCAGCUGGUGGGGAGAAGCAAGCAGCCAGAAUGGAUCUUUGCUACCUGCCGGGACCCGGAGGGAUCACGAGUCCAGGACUUAAAGAACUUGGCUGCCAAAUAUCAGGGUGUCAAAAUCGUCCCAAUGGAUGUUGCUGAUCCAUCCAGCGUCCAGGCUGCUGCAGCCAGAGUCACGGAGCACCUGCAAGGAGCCGGGCUGAAUCUCCUGAUCAACAAUGCCGGGAUUGUAAGGGACAGAACUCUGGAAUCCGAGACUCCAAAGGAUAUGUCCGAGGUGUACAAAAACAACACGAUCGGGCCCAUGAUGGUGAGCCAGGCAUUCCUGCCCUUGCUGAGGAAGGCGUCUCGGGAGAGCCCCCAGAAAGGGAUGAGCUGCAGCAAAGCUGCGAUUGUCAACAUGUCCAGUGAAGCAGGCUCCAUCACCAAGCUCCUAGCAUGGGAGCUUGGACACAUCCUUAACUACCGCUGCAGCAAGGCUGCUCUGAACAUGCUCUCACGGUGCCAGUCUCUGGGAUGGGCAGAAGAUGAGAUCUUGUGUGUUGCUUUGCACCCUGGGAUUGUAAAGACGGACAUGUUAACUUCCGAGGUGCCGUUCGAGUUAACAGUGGACAAGUGUGUGCAGAAAAUCCUGAACACUCUUGGUUCUCUCUCCGAGAAGGAGAGUGGCACUUUUGUGAACUGGGAGGGGGAAACCGUUCCUUGGUGAAAAAUCUAAUAAUCUUCUUGGUUGCUGUGCAAAGGAACACAUUGGCUGCAAGGGGAGAUGUGAUUGCCUAACUGUGCCUUCAUCUGCAAUACAUGCAGCAAGGAAGAUGGCUGACAUCUCCCAUCUCCCUUCCAGCGGGUCUACAUACUUAGGUUGCAAAUAAAUCAGCCACAUUUGUGCAUA